CGCUUCUCCUAGGCUUGCGGCUGGCGGCUGGCCCCUCCCAGAUCGCCCCCAUCCCCAGCCAUGGAGCUCACCCUGAACCGCUCCGACUAUUUACAGGUAGGGGUAACCUCUCAGAAGACCAUGAAACUGCUCCCAGCAUCAGGACGCAGAGCAACACAGAAGGUGGUUGUUGGAGAUCAGGAUGGGGUGGCUACAUGUUUUGGCAUAAAAAAAGGAGAAGCUGUGCCGGUGUUCAAGACUUUACCAGGACUGAAAAUUGCACGGCUGGAGUUAGGAGGAGCACUUAACACACCACAGGAGAAGAUUUUUGUGGCUACAGGCUCUGAAAUCAGAGGUUUCACGAAGAGGGGAAAGCAGUUUCUUUCAUUUGAAACUAAUCUCACUGAAAGCAUCAAAGCUAUGCACAUCUCUGGCUCAGAUCUCUUCCUGUGUGCCAGUUACAUCUAUAACCAUUACUGUGACUGCAAAGACCAACAUUACUACCUGUCGGGGGACAAAAUCAACGAUGUGAUCUGUCUCCCAGUUGAAAAAUUGCCUUGUAUUAUACCUAUCCUGGCCUGUCAGGACAGAGUGCUUCGAGUUUUACAGGGGUCUGAUAUGAUGUAUGAAGUGGAAGUUCCUGGUCCCCCUACAGUCCUUGCCUUACACAAUGGGAAUGGUGGUGAAUCUGGAGAGGAUCUUCUGUUUGGAACCUCAGAUGGAAAAUUUGGGAUUAUUCAGAUCACUGCAUCCAAUCCAGUACAUAAAUGGGAAAUGAGAAAUGAGAAAAAGAGAGGAGGCAUUCUAUGUGUUGACUAUUUUGAUAUUGUGGGAGAUGGUGUUAAAGAUCUACUUGUUGGUCGAGAUGAUGGAAUGGUGGAAGUAUACAGUUUUGAUGCUGCUGAUGAGCCUGUUCUUCGAUUUGAGCAGGCAUUGUCUGAAAGUGUCACAUCCAUCCAGGGUGGCUGUGUGGGGAAAGAUGGUUAUGAUGAAAUUGUGCUAACAACAUAUUCAGGCUGGAUCACAGGUCUGACCACAGAGCCUGUCCACAAAGAGAGCGGACCUGGUGAAGAACUGAAAAUAAACCAGGAGAUGCAAAACAAGAUUGCAUCUUUGCGGAGCGACUUGGAACAUUUGCAAUUUAAGGUGAUUCAGGAAAGAGAGAAAUACCAGCAGUCAUCCCAAUCUAACACAGCAAUAUCUUCAGUGCCAACCUUUAGUGUGAAUGACAAAUUUACAUUAAAUAAGGAUGAUGCUAGUUAUAGCCUCAUCUUGGAGGUACAAACAGCUAUUGAUAAUGUAAUGGUACAGAGUGAUGUUCCAAUAGAUCUGCUUGAUGUAGAUAAGAAUUCAGCUGUGGUUAGUUUUAGCAGCUCUGAUAUAGAGGUAAAUGAGAACUUCCUCCUGGCCACUUAUCGGUGCCAAGCAAAUACUACUAGGCUGGAGCUCAAGAUUCGAUCAAUUGAAGGCCAAUAUGGUAUGCUACAAGCAUAUGUAACUCCAAGAAUUCAGCCUAAAACCUGCCAGGUUCGGCAGUAUCAGAUCAAGCCGCUUUCACUUCAUCAGAGAACUCAUUUUAUUGAUCAUGACAGGCCCAUGAACACAUUGACUUUGACAGGCCAGUUCAGUUUUGCUGAAGUUCACUCCUGGGUUGUCUUUUGCCUGCCUGAGGUUCCAGAAAAAACUCCAGCAGGAGAGUGUGUGACAUUCUAUUUUCAAAAUACCUUCCUAGAUACACAACUAGAAAGUACUUACAGAAAAGGAGAAGGAGUCUUUAAAUCGGACAACAUUUCUACAAUAUCCAUCCUAAAAGAUGUUCUUUCUAAAGAAGCCACAAAAAGAAAAAUAAAUCUCAACAUAGCUUAUGAUAUCAAUGAAAUAUCUGUGAAUCACACAUUAAAGCUGAUCCACCCAAAACUGGAAUACCAGCUACUGUUGGCCAAAAAAGUGCAAUUAAUUGAUGCUUUAAAAGAAUUACAGGUACAUGAAGGAAACACUGACUUUCUGAUACCAGAAUAUCGCUGUAUUCUAGAAGAGGCUGACCGCCUACAGGAAGAGUACAAGAAACAGCCUGCACACCUGGAAAGACUCUAUGGCAUGAUCACGGACCUCUUCAUUGAUAAGUUCAAGUUUAAAGGCACCAAUGUGAAGACCAAAGUUCCUCUUCUGCUGGAGAUUCUGGACAGUUAUGACCAAAAUACCCUGAUUUCUUUCUUUGAUGCCGCUUAAAAUAUAAAAUGCAGAUUAAGCAUUAAGACAGUCUAGUCUAUGGAAGAAUAUUUUUCCAAGUAUAUCACAGAUUAGAUUUAUAACAUUUUUAUACAAUUUGGACUCCAUCUCAAAUGUAUCAUUUGGAUGUUGUCCUGACAUUUUUCAAGAAAUCAUAUUUUUUGUUAGAUGGUUCUUUUAAAAAAUGAAUAUUUUUUAUUUUCAGCCUAAAAGAAAAGCUAAUUUUAAGAGUUGUGGAGAUGAUUUACUGACAUCAGCUUCCUUGAAUAUUGGUAUUGGGGAAAUAACAUUCCAGUACGGCAGAAGAAUUAGUUUUAUGUUUUAAAACAUACUUUCAUGUGUAUUUUCAUUUGAUCCUUAUGAUAUCCCCAAGAAGUACAAUGGUUAAUUAUAAUUCUCACUAUACAAUGAGGGAACUGACUCAGGCACCAUAAGAGAAAGAGAUUUACUAUCAUGGGGACAUCUAUUUAGAGUUGGCAAGGGCCUUCAGAUAAUUGGUCCAUGCCUCAUUUUUUUAUAGAUAAUGCAACUGGGACCUACAUGAUUUGCCCCAGAUCACAUAACUAGUAAGUGUCUGAGUUGGAUCUGACCUCUGGUUUUCUGAUUCCUAAUCUAUGUAUUUCUCCAUUAGACCUACCAUGCUUUCUUUGUAUAGGUAAUGCCCUUGGUCUUCCUAUUGUUGUUUUAGUAAUGGACUAGUUAUGCUAAAUAAGAAAGCCAGUGGGGUCUUCUGGCUCAUUGUCUAUGAGUCUGAUGAUCCACAUGUAAGAAGUGGCACCCUAGCUGUGCCCAGAAAUGUAGCCAUGGAGAAUGAUUGACCAUGUAACUCCUGGCUUACAAGUACAUGGUUGUUGCUGCAAAGGUUGGGGAAGGAGAUAGGGAAUCUCUUUCCCAGUUACUUAGCUUCAGUUACCAUUAUAAACCAUUUUAUAGUUUUUAAGGAAAAGUAUCUUUUUUAAAAGAUAGAUGCUCUAGGAUUAAAUUAUAUUCCUUUUCAAUGAACAUCAUUGUAUUUAAGUUUACAAGAAAUCAAUAAAAAUGACUGGUUAAAUGGUUA